UCUGUAUUCGCCUCUAUAUAAUCUCCAUAGAGCCAAGAAUACAAACAUCAUUGUCAGCUGACAAAAUCUUCUUUUGUGCUCAUGCAUAGCAUUUAACAAACUUUCUGUAAUAAGACCAGAGUAUACAAUAUUUUAUUCUUAUCAAGACACUAUUAAAACCGCUAGAGUUUGACUGACAAUGUCUUCCAAGAUUAACCUGUUGAUCUGUUUGUUCUUCAUUCUUCAUCUAUGGGCUGCUGCUACUGUUACAGGACACGACAUAGGAAUUUAUGAGAUCAAGAAAGGAGAUUUCUCUAUUAAAGUCACUAAUUAUGGUGCUAGAAUCAUUUCUGUUUUUCUUCCUGAUAAAUAUGGAAACAUAAGUGAUAUUGUUCUUGGAUAUGACACUAUUGAGGAAUACCAGAAUGAUAAAAGUUAUUUUGGAGCUAUAGUAGGAAGAGUUGCUAACCGGAUUGGUGGUGCUCAGUUUUCUCUGACUGGAACCCUUUUUAAGCUUAUCGCCAGUGGUGGCGCAAACAUACUGCAUGGUGGUCCUAAAGGAUUUAGCAACGUCGUUUGGACGGUGAGCGAGUAUGAGAAAGACGGUCCCAAUCCUCGUAUUACUUUAACCUACCACAGUCCUGAUGGUGAUCAAGGAUUUCCUGGUGAUGUUCUUGCCUGUGUUACCUAUGCGUUGGAGGAUCCUUACAAGCUUCUUGUUGAAAUGAAGGCAGACGCUCUAAACAAGGCCACUCCAGUUAACUUGGCUCAACAUACUUAUUGGAACCUCGGUGGACACACCAGUGGCGAUAUUUUGUCCAACGAUAUUCAAAUCUUUGCAUCACACAUCACCCCAUUAGAUCAAAGUUUGCUUCCAACUGGAGAAAUCGUCCCUGUCAAGAACACGCCCUAUGAUUUCCUUACAUCCCGUGCAGUGGGGAGCCAGAUCAUGGAACUCCAAGGUGGAUAUGACAUCAACUUUGCACUUGACAGCACUGAAGAAAUGAAGCCCGUGGCAAUAGUUCAUGAUAAAAAGUCAGGGAGAGUGAUGAAUUUACAAGCGACUGCACCUGCUGUCCAAUUGUACACCGCAAGCAACCUUAAGAAGAAGGGGAAAGGUGGAUUUGUCUAUCAGCCUUCUGCAGCCUUGUGUUUGGAGACUCAAGGGUUCCCCGAUGCUGUGAAUCACCCAAAUUUCCCUUCAACAAUUGUGACUCCGGAAAAUCCCUACUUUCACAAAAUGCUGUAUGCAUUCUCAAUCGAGUAAUACCAAAAUGCUUAUAGUAUUAGUUUUCUCCGCCAUCACUCGAGUCUUCUGUAUAUUUUUUAUAAAUUUAUAUUUCUUUCAAGGUUAUAAAAUAAAAUACUUGCCAUUCUGAUUUCAA